CGGAACGUUUCACGGGCCGCAAUGUAUAUACAUAAUGUGUCAAGGUGUUUUCCUAAGGAUUAAAAUUUUCCUCGGGAGCUGUCAAAGUCAGUUUUUACCAGACAAUCAAUAGAGACUAACAAGGAACAUAAAUUCCUAGCAUUGGCGUCUUUUCACUUACUGAUGGCUUUCGCUUGCAAAUUUAUGCCGGUGGUGAGUCAAAACAUUCCUUCUAUUAUUGAAGAUUGUACUAUUGCAGCGUACAAUUCAAGUGAAAACGGUAGCUUUGAUUCAGGAGAGUAAGAAAGAACUUCCAUAGUGUCGUGCCAAGCCACACAAUAUGCGAAUGAUGACAUUCACGCUCAGUAAGAUGAAAUUAUGUUGUGACCGAUUGGCUGAAAUUAAAUGUACUGAUAGAAUUACUUUUCAGUCGGCCAGUUUAUAUUUCAAAUUGUAACUCGACCUUAUUUGUUUGUAAUUGGGAAUUUUUUCCCCUAAAACUGGACUGCAAUUCAAAGUCGGACUGUUUAUUUCAGUAAGAACUUUAUAGGAUUUGUGAAGCUAAAUAGUUGUUUAUUCUAUCGGCAUUGACAACAUCAAGAACAAAAUCAAAUUGGGACCAGCAUCUUGUUGAAAUAUAUUUUAAAGCUUUCAUAGCUCCGGUUAUGUUAUAUGUAUUUACUAGAGAGUACGGAAACUCGGUAAUCUAUCGAUUAGCCACAAAUUCAUAGGCAGAGGGUGUUGUCAAAAAAAAUUAAAAUGAAUUCUUCGGCAUAUUGACAGGAUGAAAGGAGAGUGAAAAAACGAAAAGAUGAAAUUGCAGUUUUCACAUAGGGGUUAAAAAUCUAUUAUGUAAUUUCGUAAUGUACCCCUAAUUGGAAAAAGUUCUCGAACUUGGGUGAAGGAAAUACGUACAUCAAGGUUGUGGAGUACUCUCCAAGAUAGCAUAUGCUUCAGUAAAUGAGGCGACGAGGUUUCUCUUGUAGCUUAAGGUCUCAUACGGAUAAGUGGACCUUUUAUUAAUGAAUAAUCACUCUCAGUCGUCAAUAAAUGCCCUGGGGAUGACGCUCGAAAGAGUGCAGUACUGUUGAUUACGAAAAGGUUACCUUCCAACGCACAAAUUUUUCCUUAGUCCCUUUCUUCAGUUUAUGGUUGAGCAGUCGAAGAUAAGAUUUUUUUAUUUAAUAAAAACUCCGUGUAGACUAAAUAGAUCCCAAGUUAAGGAGAGUCAUGUAAAUCCAAAGAAUAAGGAGGAAUAAAAAUAUAAACAGAUUUCAGCGAAUGUUGAAGGGUCAGCAGAGAGAAAUUUUAUCAAAAAGAAAAACUACAAAGACGUUUCUUAAUGGAACAUCGACGAUGGCAAAGCCUUUAUCUCAGGGAAGUUUUAUCCAGUUGUAAGAAUUGCACGAAAUUUUUUUCGCUUUGAAUGUUUUCAUCACUAUCAAUUCCUGACAUCCAUACUUAGGUCUUUAGGAUACAGCAUAUUUGUAAAGAAACUCCGUAGUGAAAGAAUCGUGACAUGAUUGAUCUUUACCGAAAGAGGUGGUAUGAUUAAGAUUAUGAGAUAACUGAGAUACUACGGGAGCCCUAAUUGGUCAAAAACCUAUGGUCUGUGGCACCUGUAAAUCCAUAGUUAGUUUAAAUAAGCAAUUGAUAGCACUAAACACUGGUUUACCAGCAUGAUAACCCACGCAGGAUGUAGGGAGAAUACGAGAAAAGUUUGUAAAUCAGUCGCCUCCGGCUCGUGAUUUGCAAACUUUCCGUGUAUUUUAUCAAUAUCUCAAGUAAGUUAUUACGCCGAUAAACCGAUAGGAAGUGCGGUCUAUUGCCAUAAUUACCAGCAAUUAUUCUGUAUGAUAAUGAAAUAUAUGUAUUCCUUCCUAGCAGUGCUUUAGUACCAAUCGUAGCAGCAGAGAGAAACACGAUUCCACGCAAUGUUCGGUCAGUGGAGACGGCUUAUCCCUAGCAAUGGUUGGAGAACCAGCAAAGUUCAUUCUACGAACUAAGGGUCCGGACCUGCUUUAUUUAGAGCUCCAAAUUACCCGAAUCGUGAAUAAUGGUAGUGAAAUUUCUACUCACUUCUCAGAGCCAAUACCUGUCGAAUACGAAUGUUUAGGAGAAAAUAUUCACAGCGUGUGCUAUUACCCAAAAGAAGUAGGAGAAUACCACGUGGCUGUCACAUGGAAGGGAAAUCACGUGACGGGAAGUCCAUUUGCUGUCAAGGUCGAUAAAAAAGUGACUUUCCCGGAAAAGGAUGACGUAAAAACAGAAGAACAAGAUAACAAGGAUGAAGUGUGGAAAUUGAGAGACGACAUCAGGUCGUCAAGACGACAAAGGGAUAACAGAGUUUAAGAUGUGUGGUACGGGUUUAAAUGAACUGGUUUACCGAUGUAAGGAAAAACUAAUCCUUACUUUGGAACUGGUUUGGAGAACGAAAACAGUAAACAUAUCAUAGCUUUGAAGAAUAGGAAGGAAAACGAAAAGAAUCAGUAUAAAAAGUGUUGUUUUCAGCUGCAGCCAGAUUACGGGACCUGACUUGCUUGCUCCGGCUAAGCAGGCAGGUUUAUCGUUUGGUUCACAGCAAGAUAACUCAUGAGAAUAAAUACAAUAAAAUAGACUAUUAAAUCAUCGAUGUUCAUGCAGUGAUGAAUAAGGUUACUUAUCUGGAUCUGAUCUCCUUAUUUUGAGAGACCCCUCGCCUGUUUGUUUUCAUAUCCGUUUAUUUUGGUUAAGAGAACCCGUGAAUUUUUUUUACUACUUAGAGUUGUACCUUGACGUUGUCAUUACAUCACGUCAUCAAAGUAGUACGUGAGAGUAAAAUUUUUUGAUCAGUAUGAAGCACAGCUUGGUUGCCAUAUUAUCAUGUUUUCCGAAAAUUGCGCAUCUUCGUCGGUUUCAAAAUCCUAGCGAUUUUUAUAACAUCGAAGAAAAGAGGGGUGUCACACAUUCUUUUGAAGGUAAUACUCAUUCCUAAGAAUGUUUACUUGUAGAACAGCUUCAAAAAUAAACCCGAUUUCAAAGUUCAGCCCUCUCUUGUUUUUUGUUACUUACUGGAUGGCAGCUGAAGGAAAGAUAUUUGGAUUCAAAAUGAAAAAGUGAAGAGUUUUCAGACGUUCCUUUUACAACAGGCGUGCAGCUGCAAAGCUGGGAAAAGUUUUUAUUGGCGGAUAAAAAAAAACACAACAAAAUUGUAUUUUUUCUAACUUGACGUAACAUUCUUUUUCACUUAAGGAUUAAGGUAUUCCCAAGCGAUAUACAAGUUCGAAGUAAUUGAACAUUGUCUUCCUAUUCAGAUUCGAAGAAACGAAAUUCUCCGAAGCAUUGUUGGUUUCUUCAAUUAGGAAUCGGAUUUUCAAGCAAAUGCAUUGUUUUAUCAGUUGUGGGUUAAUGAUAAAGGUAUUUAAACUCUGAAUGCUAAUCUUAAUUGAUGUAUUUAAACUGAAAGUGGACAGGUCUCAAAUUCCAGUUCCCUCUAGUUGAACAUGAAGUUUUUACUCAUAGUCGCCUCUUUGGUGGGGCUUUUGGGCAGGAUCCAUGGUAAUACUGCAGCACUUUGGGUUCCUGUUCGACUUAGAACAUAGUAGCCGUAAAAAUAAUCCCUCAGACGCUGAAUGAAUAUCUUAUUUUAUUGUUCUUUUCGUAUGAGUUUUUAAGAAAACACCUCUCGCCCCAACGAUUUAGCAUUGUUUUUUUAAAAGGAAAUCAGUAACUAACCGUUUCACAGAAUUUUUCUGGCAGAGUAUAUACUGCCAGAGUAUUUACAGCAUUUUUAACUCCACGCAAACGUCAUCUUAUUCAAAUAAAUGUUGUUACCCUUUUUCAGGAUUUUACUGUAAUUUCGAUCGCAGCCAAUGUGGGUUUGUGCAACGACGAGACGACAAGUUCGAUUGGACCAGGAAAAAGGGUGCGACAUCCUCCGGGGGUACAGGUCCUUACUCUGACGCAAAAGGAAGAGGUAGCGCUCUUUAAGGAAGCGUAAUAUAACGUAAAUGCAGACCACCACCGAAUUUUGAAGCCGAAAGAUUUCGUACCCACAUGACAAAAACGAUUGUUGUUUGAGAUUUACCCUUGAAGAUUGAUGCGAUAUCAGCAUGUAGAACGUAGAAACUUAGGUAGACUAUUUUUUCAUUCCUUUUGUGGUGAAAAUAAACGAGUGGCCUAAGGUGAUCACCAAACAAUGGUCACACAAAAUAAGCACAUUUUGAUCUGAAAACAGCGACCUAAAAACCAAAAAUGUCCACAAGUCUCCCUUCGCGCGACGUGGUUAUCUUGAGGGCGAAGUAGGCCCGCAAAACGUGCGAACGUAAGUAAUGGGUCAAAUAUGUGAGUGUAGCUGUAACAGGUCGCGCUAUUUGAAAAUGUCGUCAUGAAACUCGCAGAACGCACAGAGCUAGUGCGCUUCUGUUUAAACCGCAAACGCACCAUACUCUAGUGCAAAAAUUAUUACGACGUGUAGAUUUUUCAUUUUUUUGAGUCAGUGUGAUAGUAUCACUUUAUCAUAUAAUAUAUAUCAUCACUUGCAGGUUACUACAUGUACAUAGAAGCAUCGCGAAAAAGAAAAGAUGAUAACGCCAAGUUAGAGAUUCUCCCUGAUCUUGUUUCUGGAAAGACCUGCAUUUCCUUUUUUUAUCACAUGCGCGGUGGUCAAAUGGGAACACUUCGGGUGCUGGUGGACGGAAAUCAAGUUUUCGAGAAAAGUGGACAUCAAGGAAACGACUGGCGUAAAGCUGAGUUCACUGUUGAAGGAGGUGCUUCAUCAGUAAGGAUCUUUGCUUUUGUGACUCAACCUUUAAUAUGGCUCUAAGUUCUCAGGCUGCUUAUUAGUCUUGAAAAUGCGAUUAAGAGAAAAAGCUCCCCGUACGCUGACUACCACGGCACAGUGACCAGCGAGAAAAUAAUUUGAACUGAUGAAGAGCUCUAGCUCUACUAGCAGCGUUUCAAAUAAACUGAUUUCAUACUCCCCUUUUUCACGCGAAAAUCAAUAAUCAAACGCUAAUUUGAAAUGUUACCAUUUGUACGAACAGGUUGUGUUUGAAGGAAUUGUAGGACGAGGCCACCAGUCUGACGUGGCGAUUGAUGAAGUGAAGAUAGAAAACUGUGGGGAAGGGGGUGGUGGCCAAGGUAAGUUCUUUCUAAUUUCAUCUGUAUGUUGUUCCAUAGUAAUGGUCUUCAGUCCUUUCAUAUGUAUACACUGGUAAAACGAGAAAGAUUACAGCUUAUUUGAAUGAAAGUAAAGCCAUCCCCUCAAAAUAUUUCGGUUCUCCGCACACACGUUCGACAAACCAAGUGGAGGAGAGAUGGUAGGAUAAAAAGGAAUACGGUUGACCUAACUUUGAAAUGUAACAACAAAAUUUAUAUUCAGAAUUAUUUUGAUUUAUGAGUGAGCUGAUUAUUGAAUGUGGUGCAUUUUCAAUAUGUGCGUGGCAAAAAAGGGUUUUUCCUUCAAUUUGUGAUUUAUCUAUGGAUGAUUUUCCAAUAAACGUUCACAAAGCCGACAGUUUGUACAAAAGUACCUAACCACUUAAUGAUUUGAAACAAUUUUUCUAUAGCCACAAUGAAACCGCCAGCACCUCAACCAGAAACUACUCCGCCGCCUCGUCCACAUACAGCGGUUCCACCAACAGGUAUCUUCCGUUUUUAUUAUGAGAGGUAAAUUGAGCAACGCUUUUGAUAGUAAGGACGUAACAACAUGCAUUUUAAUCCCUCAACACUCAACAAGCUUUUUCCUUCAGGCGAGUGUGGCUUCCGUCCUACCACCAGGAUAGUUGGUGGUGAAAAUGCACCACCGGGGGCUUGGCCAUGGCAGGCGAUGCUGAGGUGGUCUCCCACUGGGUAUGUGUUCUGCGGUGGUACCUUAGUCGCUCCUCAGUGGGUUGUCACGGCCAGUCACUGUGUCUCGAAGGCAGGCGGAGAUCCCGUAUAUAUCAGGUAAAAUAUGAAAUAAGGACAGGUCAUGUAACUGGACGUGAGGACAAUAUUGCAGGCGUGGACUGCUCCUUUCAGAAUCUUAGUGAACUAUAACGUAUCCUGCAAAAUCCGCAAAUUUCAUCCUCAAUAUCUAUUUUGUUAGUUUGUUUUUUUUUAACUCGUGGCUCUCGUACUUCGAGUAUCCCUGAAUGCGCAGUUAGUCCACGACUUUUAUCGUUGACAUUUUCCAACGAUAUCAUAUGAUAUCAUGAUUCACUCCUUUAAAAGCUUUUCGUCCGGCUAUCGAAAAAUUUUACAUUAUCUACCGCACGUGAGCAAAAAACAGAGAUGUAAUCGACUAAGAUCUUUCAAAUUUUCAGAAAAAUCAGACCAGGAUGCAUACAAAACAACAUGAAAUAAGUUACCAAGACUGACAUGAUCAGGACUAGCAAAACGAAGCUAAAGCGACCAUUGUUUGACUGUUUGAGCUAUACAGCCACUUUAAAAAGCUUGCAUGAACUGCAAAAGCCGCCUUCCCCUCUCCCUGACUUUCCCUUACGGAAAACAAUAGAGAAGAGAAAGGAAAAACCUUACAUAUGUUAUGUUUUUUUUUCUUUACAGGCUUGGUGCUCACAAACAGUCAGAAAGUAUGGGAACAGAACAGGACUUCACAGCCAGUAAAAUUAUUUUACACCCAUUGUACCACAAACCAAUUGGGAUGAGUCAUGAUAUCGCACUUCUCAAGCUGGAUAGACCGGCUGCACUCACCAGGUGAGUUCACUCUCUGUGCAUUGCAAUCCCCCCAAAAUAUCAGAAAUGUUUUUCUCGUCCGGGAGCGUUUAUGGACGUGGCAUGGUUAAUGCUGUUCUCUGAUAAUAUUCCUUUGGUUUUAACGCGGAUAUUUUUUCAUCAAUCAAAAGUCUCCGAAACUUUAGUUGGUGAUGAUUUUAUAUACCCAUGACCUAAAUAUUUGAAUUCAAGGCACUAGGUUUGAAAUCUUAAGUUUUCAGUAUAUCUUAAUCUUAACUUUCUUGGUUCAACUCUUUCACUUUGCUACUCAAGUGGAUUUCCUUCCCGAUUUCCCUGCGAUGAACUCCUCCGCACUCAUCUGUGCUUUUUAAUCUUAGUUAACAGCCAAUUCAUCUGUAUUGGCUUCCAUUUGUUCGGUGGAGAUUUCUUGCGGGUAUUGAGUUGUAUCAUUCAAAAAAUAAUUCUCUCCGUUAAAAAAUUGUUGAUGACAUGCCAUACUCGCUCAGAAUGAACAAGCAACUUUUGAAUAACCCAGCAAAGUCCGACCAUAGGGACAACCAAAAAAACGAGGAGAACGCUUUUUAUCUCCACAGGAGUAAGCAGUAAAGAAUAUCGUUAAUUUGAAACAGAUUUUGUUAUUUUGUUUUCCUCUUCCUUGUUUUUAGGCAGGUGAACCUGGUAUGUCUUCCUCAAAGUAUCCCAGCUCCACUUGAAGGAACCAAAUGCUGGAUCACAGGGUGGGGAAAGACAGCUUCGGUCGGUGGCUCGAGUGGGAAGGUUCUGAAGCAGGCGACUGUGCCGAUAGUGGGACGGAACCGCUGUGAGUGGUCUUACUUGGGACAGAUUCACGAGUCCAUGAUUUGUGCCGGGCUGGACCGAGGUGGUGUUGACUCUUGUCAAGGGGAUAGUGGAGGACCCAUGGUGUGUGAGACCGGCGGAAAGUUUUACCUACAGGGUGUGACUAGUUGGGGAAAAGGAUGUGGCAGGCCUAAUAAGUAUGGUGUCUAUGCUAGGGUAAAAUACCUUUUGGAAUGGCUGAAGAAAGAAAUGGCUAGGAAUUAAGUUACCAAGUUAAAUGAGGUUCCAGCUCUUGAGGAAGCAACUACAGUGAAACUACGA